AUGGGCCGGGGUAUGUUGGUACACACCGGAAUCUCCUAUGCCCUUGACUGGGUUGUGAUAAUAGCAUUCGCCGCAGGGGGAGGUUACCUGGGUAAGGUCAGGGGAUUCCGCCGCCCGUUCUCGCUCGCAGAUCGCGCCAUUGCCUAUCCUCUCAAGCCCGAUAUUGUCACGUUAGAGGAAGCCGCCAUUGCAUGCUUCCUUGGACCCGCGAUCAUCAUAUUGGUCCUCGCAUUUGUACUACCCAGUAUUCGGCGACCUGAUCAGAAGCGAGUGUAUUCGUCGUGGCGGGACAAGUUCUGGGACGCCAAUGCUGGAUGGAUGGGAUUGGGUGUCAGCCUUGCGGCGACGCUCUUCAUCACCUCCGGCCUCAAGGCAGUCGUGGGGAAGCCUCGACCCAAUCUCCUAGCCAUUUGUAACGCGGAUAUCGAAAAUCUCGGGAAUUUCGUCGUGGGUGGCUCCGGAAGCGAAAUCGAGUCCGACGCACCGGCAAUGGUUACAUACGAGAUAUGUCGGCCGACCGAUCUUGAUCUUUUCAACGAUGCCUUUUUCGCAUUUCCCUCGGGACACUCGUCGAUGUCAUGGGCCGGUCUACUGUAUCUGUCAUUAUGGCUGUGCAUGAAGCUCUCGGUCGUCUUGCCAUAUCUCGGUCAGCAUAUGCCGGUGCCGGAUAAAUCAACAGAGGAUGUGGACGUCGUGAGCUAUUACCACGAGAGGAGAAGCGCCCCGCCUCUGUGGAAAGUCACAAUUGCUAUGAUCCCGAUCGGUGUGGCCUUGUUCAUCUGCGCCAGUCGCUACGCAGACUUCCAUCACGCCGGAAUCGAUAUCUUUGCAGGAUGUGUGAUCGGGAUUAUCUGCGCAUACACUGCCUUUCGACUGUAUCACCUACCGGUGCAGAGAGGAUACGGGUUGGCUUGGGGCCCAAGAGACGAGGAAAACGCGUAUUUAGGCGACAUGCCCUGGAAUCAUCGCCUCACCAGAAGAUCGCCAUUCAACACCGGCGAUGAAGAGGCAGGUCACCAUCACGCGAGACCGUCGACAUCGGCAGAGGGGAUGCUCGAGUACGGGGGCGGCCGUGGAUCUCCGCAGUAUCCUAUGCAAACAUUCCAUUCUCCGCUGGAAUCAAGGUGA